UUGACGUUGGAUAAUAUUUACGUGCCGCCAGGAUGCUCGCUCGUUUAUAUCAAUUUUCUCGGAAGUCUAAAUUAAACAUGAGACUACUUUCUACGCGAGAAGUAGCCAAGAAGUCGGUGAAGUACACCAACACCAUCAAUUUACCAAAAACUAAAUUUCCAUCGCGUUUGUCAUCUGUGAAAAGAUGUGAAAUUGAACAGAACUUUGUGAAGACAUCAUUUACUGGUCUUUAUCAGUAUCAACAACAACACAACUCUGCCCCCGAGUUUGUCUUACACGACGGCCCCCCAUAUGCUAACGGAGACCUUCAUAUGGGUCACGCAGUCAAUAAGAUUUUAAAGGAUAUUACUGUUCGACAACAUGUAUCGAACGGGAGAAAAGUCGAUUUUAAGCCCGGAUGGGAUUGUCACGGGCUACCCAUUGAGUUAAAGGCAAUGGGAGGCCAAGGCAACUUGGAUCCUUUGGAAAUACGACAAAAAUCUCGACAAUUUGCAACAAAUACCUCGGAAACCCAACGAAAAGAAUUCCAAUCAUGGGGCAUAUUGGCAGAUUGGAAUAAUCAAUCGAAUCUCUAUAAAACUUUCAGACCGGAUUACAUUCAACAUGAAUUUCGUAUAUUCUUGGAUUUGUAUGAAAAGGGAUUAGUAUAUCGUGAUCUUAAACCGGUAUUUUGGUCGCCUUCUUCAAGGAGUGCCUUGGCAGAAGCAGAAUUAGAGUAUGACCCCAAUUUUAUAAGUCCGUCUAUUAUGUUGCGUUUAAAACUUUCAAAAAUGCCAUCAAGACUAGCAAAUAUUAAGCAAGAAUCACAAAAUGUAUAUGGCAUAAUUUGGACGACCACACCCUGGACACUACCAUCGAAUCAAGCAGUAUGCUAUAAUCCGUCGUUGGAGUACAGUGCCAUUAAAAUCAAUAAUGACGAUUCAAAUAUAUAUUUGAUUGCAUCGAAAUUGGUUGCAGAAUUUUUGGAUAUAAUAAAUCAAAAUGCAGAGUCACUAAUUACUCUUAGAGGUGAGGAGUUACGUGACAUAAAAUACUUCCAUCCUAUCAAUUCUAACAACGAGCUGCCUUUUUUACCAUCUCAGCAUGUACAAGACAACAAAGGAACCGGAUUAGUACAUACUGCACCUGCACAUGGGCCGGACGAUUUUUUAGUUAGCUUGAAGCAUGGCAUUCCUAUUAAAUGCUACAUAAAUGAAAUGGGUGAAUAUAACAGUGAAGCUCCAGAGUUUCUGACUUCAAAAUCAGCGCUGGACGAAGGAAACCAAUUGAUUAUUCAACACCUUCAAAGUGAUUUGCUUUAUGAGGGAAAAAUUACACAUUCGUACCCAAUAGAUUGGAGAACCAAGAAACCUGUGAUUUUACGAGCAAGUGACCAAUGGUUUAUUAAUACAGAAGAAAUUAAAAAGAAAGCCAUCGAAGAGGUAAAGAAUGUCGACAUUUUUCCGCGCUCAAGUUCUGAAGUGAAUAAACGGGCUCUGAUUGUACAACUAGAGAAAAGGCCAUACUGGUGCAUAUCAAGGCAAAGAGCCUGGGGAGUACCGAUUCCUGUCUUUUACGAGAGGACUACUAAACGCCCCAUAAUCAACAACUUCACAAUGCAAGCCAUUAUAGACCUACUAAAUCAAACUGGAAACAUGGACUUUUGGUGGAAGAGUGAUUUAAUUGACCUGAUUCCGAAGAUGGUUUGGGACAAAUCAAAUGUAAAUCCUGCAGACCUGGAACCUGGAAAGGAUAUUUUUGACAUUUGGUUCGAUUCUGGCGUGUCUUGGUCAUAUGCGUUGAACAACAAAAAGAUAGCUGACCUAUAUUUAGAGGGCUACGAUCAGUUUACUGGAUGGUUUCAAUCAUCACUGAUGACAAGUAUAGGAUACAGAAAUUGUGCACCGUAUAAGGCUAUUUUUGUCCAUGGCUUCGCGGUCGAUGAAAAAGGACACAAAAUGUCAAAGUCGUUAGGCAAUGUAAUACUUCCUAGCGAAAUAAUCAACAAAUAUGGAAGUGAUGUGUUAAGAUGGUGGGUCGCUUCACAUGGCACGCAACAUUCAUCAAUAAUAGUAAGUGAGACUCUACUGCAAUCGUGCGCAGAAACACUAAAUAAAGUUCGAGCAACUUUAAAAUACCUCAAUGGUUCUAUUGGUGAGAAAAGCGACGAUGUUAGCGAUUUGCCUUGCACCAGUUAUUUAGAUAAGUACAUGAGAAACGAACUUUACAAGUUCGAUAAGGAGGUUCAAAGUUUCUACAAUUGCUAUGAAUACAAUCGCGUAACGAUUCUUGUACAAAACUUUAUCGCCAAUCAAAUAUCUUCUAUAUAUUUGAAUUCGAUAAAAGAUCGUCUAUAUUGUGGGACCGCCAAGGAAAUAGCCGCCACUCGAAAUAUAUUGAAAGAUUGCUAUCAUGUCUUAAGUAAAGCAUUGUGGCCAAUUGUACCCUUUAUCAUCGAGGAAAGCUGGAGUUAUUAUGAUAAACAUCCGUUCUAUAAAUCCAAAAUCCGAACAACUGGCAUCUGGCAAGAUCCGUUCGCCGAAAAAGUCAUAAAUGCAGCCUUAGAAUUAAAGCAACUUUUUAAUCAAAAGGUAAAGGACGUGAACACGUGGACAUUAGACGUUAAAGUUAAAUGUGAUAUGAACAAAUUAAACUUAUUAAAGCAUUUGCACCCAAUUUUGGAAGAAAAAUCAAAUUCGACAGAAUUAUGUGAAUUGCUCCAGGUAUCCAGUUUAACGCUAGUACCUGCUGACGUCGAGAGCUAUGAUUUGACCUGUGAUACUAUCAAAUAUAGCAUUUGUCCACGCUGUAGGCGCUACCCAAUUCAAGAAGAACAAAGUGUUUGCACGAGAUGUGAUACAGUUUUGCGCGAGAAUGGAUUCAAUUAAUUUGAAUAUUGUUUUUUCAAAGUUUAUUACUGUUAGAAUUGUUUUAAUGAAUCUUAUUUAUAAAACA